AUGUCGAGCAUCCUCCGCAGACUCCAGGGCGGUAAUCUGGAAGUUUUCAAGUUCGGCAUGUACGUCCUCUUCCCAAUCGGCUGGAUGUACUACUUUGGUACGAACCUCGACGACCGCUUCAGCACCAAGGACUUCUGGCCUACUGCAGAGCAAUCCCACAAGAUUCCGCUAGACAAAGAAGAAAUCGACAAGGAACUCGCCCGCAUGCGCAUGGUCGAUAGUGUGCGCCGGGAGCGCCGGGAGCGUGAGGCCGCUAUGCUGGCGCAGACUUCGGCCCAAACCGCGUCAUCUACGGAACAAUGA